AUGAUCCCUAUUGUUUUUCGCUCUUUGAUAACAUUUAGCGAGGCCCCGACGCGUCGCACUACCAAUAUGGCUGACUUUUCAUUGACUCAAGAGGACUUGCAACUAUUGAUUGCAGCCAAUGCUCAUCUUGGUUCUAAGAACACUAACGUUCACCAAGUUCCAUACAUCUACAAGACCAGACCAGAUGGUGUCAACGUCAUCAACGUUAACAAAACUUGGGAGAAGAUUGUUCUCGCUGCCAGAAUUAUUGCAGCUAUCCCAAAUGCAUCUGAUGUUGUUGCCGUCUCUUCUAGAACUUUGGGCCAGAGAGCUGUGUUGAAGUUUGCUUCUCACACUGGCGCUACUCCAAUUGCUGGUAGAUUCACUCCAGGUAAUUUCACUAACUACAUCACCAGAUCUUUCAAGGAGCCAAGACUUGUCAUUGUCACCGAUCCAAGAACUGAUGCUCAGGCCAUUAAGGAGGCUUCUUACGUUAACAUUCCAGUUAUUGCUUUGUCUGACUGCGACUCUCCUUCUGAAUAUGUCGACGUUGCCAUCCCAUGUAACAACAAGGGUAAGCACUCUAUUGGUUUGAUGUGGUGGUUGCUUGCUAGAGAAGUUCUCAGACUUAGAGGUACUCUUCCAACCAGAACCGAGCCAUGGACAGUUAUGCCUGAUUUGUACUUCUACAGAGAUCCAGAGGAACCAAUUGUCGAUGCUGCUGCUGAUGCCGAGGCCGAUGAAACCGAAGAGACUGCCGAGACUGCUGAUGCCGAAUGGACUGCCGAGCCAACCGCUGCUGACUGGGCCCAGACCUCUUCUACCGGUGACUGGGCUGCUGAGGGUGCCGAGAAUGUCGAAGGUGCUACCGCUGCUGCUUCAUGGUAA